AUGGAUACCACCUAUCGCGAUAAGAUUCCCCACCGACAAGUUUCUUCAAUGAUCUUACAGAUAAUGAGUGGAGAUCAUGUAAAGUCGCCAGAGACGGGUUUUACCUCCAUGCCACACACAAUCGGCAAUCGCUUUGAGAUCGAAACGAGCCGCAGGCUAAGCGGUGUCACUGGUCACGAUAAAACUUUUCCACGAGGAUUUCUGACGUUAACAGGUACCUUCAAAUUUGACGUAUCAUUGUUUUCGCUUUUUGUGGCUUCAUUGAUGCUCGCAACGAUAACCUACUACAUGAAUGAUCCAAACCCAAUAAACGUGCGACAGAGAUGUUCCAUGAAUGCUCCAGAAAGUUGUUGCAUUAUUGCACCAAUUCAAACCCGAUCAUCCUCACCAGGUGACCCUCUUGACGACGGCUGUCGUGGGGAUGGUGGUUCGUUGAACCUUGGUGGUCGUCAGGAUGGCACUUUUCAGUAUCUCAAACAAAAAGGCUCGUGGCUGAGGUCGUUUUCCAAACGGAUCUCAUGCUUCACCUUACAACCACCAAAAGUUGACAAGCUGAACAGUGCCCUCUGGUUUCAAUUCACGAUCUCGGAUGUUGAUCCCUCACACCUUUCACCCAUUUCACCGUCUUUAACGAUUACCAAAUCAGGUGCGUGGUGUGGUGCGACAGGGCAAACAAAUAGUGUCAGCGGUGGUGAAAAUAAUUGUGUCCCAACAAUAAUCCUUACUCGAUUGAAUCCAGAUACGGGUGGUUAG